AUGGAUUAAUUUUUCAACGAAUUCGAAGUUUAUUGUAGAAAUAUUGGUAUUUUGGAAUAGGAAUAAAAAUUUGAAGAAAAAGGAGAUGAAUUAAGUUAAAUCUUAUUUUAACAUAUACUCAAAUUAAACAAUGAGUCAUUAAUGAAAUUAUCAAAUCGAAUUAUAAAAGUAUGGUAAGAAUAACGAACUUUAAAGUCUGUUCAACCAAAUAGUUCUAAUUAAAUAACAAAGAGAAGUAAACAUAGUUAAUCUACUCCAUAAGAAUCAAUGAAGAGUAUAAUAAAUAGCAAUAUUUAAUCUACAAAUUAUUUAUAUGAUCAAUAUAUAUAAAAAGAAGAGAAUUAAAUUCUAAAAUCUUAGAAGAUUAUUUAAGAAUAGUUAAAAGAAUGUACAUUUUAACCUUAAAUCUUAAAGAAGAGUUAAUUGUUAGAUACAAACAUUCCAGUUCAUGAUAGACUAGCUAAAUUUGGAAGUGAUUAAAGAUUGAAAUAAUAAAUUAGUGCAGAAGUCAAAAAUAAAAGUGAUUUAAAAUAAUGUACAUUUCGACCUUAGGUUAAUCAUAAAACUACAAAGACUUUAGAAGGAGAUCCAUUCUCUCGAUUAUAUUUGAAUGCAUUAUCAUAAAGAUAAUCCAAACCUUAGAGUUAAGAGAAAAUUUAUUCUCAUUAACCAUAACUUAUAAGUCAACCACUUUAAUAAUCAUAAGGCUAUCUAACAAUCCCAGUAGAAUAAAGAUUGUAUAAUAACUUCUUUGAAUAGUAACAAUCCAUUUUACAGCAGUAAGAAGUUGAGAAACAAGUUGAACUUUAAGAAUGCACAUUUACUCCUAUGAUUAAUUAAUAUGCUUCAAUUUCAAAUGGAAUUGAAAAUAAAUCUAAAGUCUUUGAUAGGCUUUACAAUAAAUCUGCUACAUAAAAAUCAAAUUCUGAAUUGAAAGAUUAAACUAUUAAUCGUAUUUCAAGCAGCAAAUAAUCAGAAUAAAUCAUUAGAAAUGCCAGUUUUGAUAAAUCAAAAUAUGUAUCAUAAUUUUAGAUUGAAUAAUCUCCAUAUGAUAGAUUACAUGAAGAAUACAAAAGAAUUCAGAAAAAGAAAAAAAUAAUUGAAAAUAAAGUUUUCUCUAGUAUUCCAUUUAAACCUAAAAUUAAUAAAAAAUGA